GCCUGUUGCGUCCCUUUCCGAUCUUUACAUGGACAGGCAGGCGCCUCUGAGCUGUCUCACUCGUAAACCCUCCUCUAUAUAAAAACCCUAGUUCUGAGACCCUCACAGGUGUAAGCUUGUUGUAGUAUAUCUCUUUGUCGUUCGCUAGCGCGACUGGCGUCCCAACACCUAGAUCGAGCCGAGAGUAGAAAGGAGGUUUAGCUUUGCAAGCACGCGAGAGCGAGGGGCGUUCAGAUCCAUGGAGCUGGAGGCCGCUGCCGCGCCGGCGUUGAUGAGGAGGGACGGCCGGAAGCUGGCGAGGUGCCCGCGGCUGCAGCUGGACACCAAGACGGUCACGGCCAUCGAGCAGUCCACGGGGGAGAGCGUCGUCGCCGACACCGACCCCGCGGCCGCCCAGCAGCAGGGCGCGGGGGCCGGGAUGCGCGUCAAGAUCGUGCUCAGCAAGCAGCAGCUCAAGCAGGUGGCCGCGGCCGUCGCGGGCGGCGGCGCCGGCGGAGGGUUCGCGCUGCCGCCGGCGCUGGAGCAGCUCGUCAGCGUGCUCAAGCGGCAGCACGCCAAGAAGCAGGCGGCGGCCGAUGUGGUGGCCGCCGCGAGGCGCCAGGGCCGGUGGUCGCCGGCGCUGCAGAGCAUCCCGGAGGAGUGCCUUUAUUAGCUAGGCGUGCCUUCGUGCAGUGUUCCGCUCUUUGCGUGUACAGCUCUCUACUGAUCUUCGCCUUCUUCCUCCUGCUGGAUUGCAACCAGCCGAUUUGAUUGGGCCGAAAUGAGCGCCCAAUGGUUGCAUCCCAAAUUUGAAAUGUCACAUAUUUUUAAUCUGGCAUUUGGAUCCAUCGAUCCAAAAACAAUUUUCCCUGCGUUUCCGAGAGAUCGGACGGUGUACAUAUCUGGAUUCAAAUCAAUCAGUAAAGGACAGUCCUUAUAAAAAA